AUGUCUACUCUGCCACUCAAAGCCAUCUCUCGAGUAUGGGGCAAGUUUAACGAGAUUGACAUCCCAUACUACUUGCGAGUCCCGGGCUUCAAGCUAUAUGGCUGGAUCUUCGGCGUGAAUUUCAGCGAAGUCGCCGAAUCGGAUCUUCACACAUAUCCCAAUCUCGCGUCGUUCUUCUACCGAGGACUGAAGCCCGGCGUGCGACCACUUGAUCCUGACCCAAACGCCAUACUUUCUCCUGCCGACGCCAAGGUCUUGCAAUUCGGCGCCAUCGAGCACGGCACAGUCGAACAAGUCAAAGGCAUGACCUACACUCUUGAUGCCCUCCUUGGGCAGACACCACCAUCAACACCCUCCACGCCCACCAGCGAGAAAGCAGAUCCGAUGGAACAACAGUCCGGGCAUAUCUACGCACACCCGCAAUCUGCCGCACCGGACUCACCAGAAGCGGAGGCUAUCCGCGACGAUCAGGAAUUCGCCAAUGUAAACGGCAUAUCCUAUUCCCUUCCCAACCUAUUCUCCGGCAAGACAGAACCCACUAAGCGCCCCACCGACGCCUCGACCAGCUCAUCCCCAAAGUCUGAAGCAGAAGUAGCCAACGAUCUUGCUUCCACAGACGCGCCCUGGUGGAACCCCUUCGGCUCAACGUCCACCCCAACCCGCCUCUACUACAUCGUCGUCUACCUCGCUCCCGGCGACUAUCACCGCUUCCACUCCCCCGUCUCCUGGAUCUGCUCUUCUCGGAGACACUUCGCCGGCGAGCUCUACUCCGUCAGCCCCUAUGUCCAGCGUACACUGCCCGGACUCUUCACCCUGAACGAACGCGUCGUCCUUCUGGGCCGCUGGAAGAACGGCUUCUUCAGCUACACAGCCGUCGGCGCUACUAACGUUGGCUCUAUCAAGAUCAACUUUGACAAGGAGCUGCGCACCAACUCUUUGACGACGGACACGGAAGCAGAUCGCCAGGCGGCUGAGGCGGCGGAGCGGGGCGAGCCUUACUCGGGUUUCUCCGAAGCGGUAUAUACCGCUGCUUCGUCCGUGCUUGGAGGACACGCUCUGAGGCGUGGCGAAGAGAUGGGCGGAUUCCAGCUGGGUAGCUCGAUCGUGCUAGUCUUCGAAGCGCCGGCGGAUGGGAGCUUCAAGUGGAACGUACAGAGUGGGCAGAAGGUCAAAGUUGGCGAGGCUUUGGCUUAUGUGGAAGAGGCGGAUGGCAGUGAUGCUCAGAAGCAGAUAAAGCAGUAG